CAGUGCAGGGGAGGAGGAGGGGGUCGUGGACUGUGUGCUUUCUGAAGGGCUAGUUUGUAGGAAAGGUGUGCUAAAGAUUGGUGGAGCCACACAUCAGUAUUGAUCCGGGCGGCUGGUCUGUGCAGCCCGCAGUGUUUUUGAUGACAUUCAUCAGCCUUUUUUAUUAGCUAAGUUAAUUAGCCGGCUACUCGGGAGCGAGCAGCAACAGAACGUAAGGGUUGGCGAGGGGCCGUAUUAUCUGUGGACACAAUGAAGAAGCUUGCUCUGCUGCUAAUUGUGCUGCUUGGCGUUGCACAUUUCGCGACUAUCAGCAGAUGUGAAGAGGAUGUUGCAGAAAGCAAAGAGGAGACUGAUGAAGAGGACAGUGACGAUGAAGAGGAUGAUGAAGACGACGAUACAGAGGUGAAAGAAGAGAACGGGGUGCUGGUGCUCACCGACAACAACUUCGACACCUUCAUAGAGGGCAAAGACACGGUCUUGGUGGAGUUUUACGCUCCAUGGUGUGGUCACUGCAAGCAGUUUGCCCCAGAAUAUGAAAAAAUUGCCCAGACGCUCAAAGAGAAUGACCCUCCUAUACCUGUGGCCAAAGUGGAUGCGACAGCGGCCAGUGGUCUGGGGAGCAGGUUCGAUGUGUCUGGGUAUCCCACCAUCAAGAUCCUUAAAAACGGGGAGCCUGUGGACUAUGACGGAGAGCGGACAGAGAAGGCCAUUGUGGAGCGUGUUAAAGAGGUGGCUCAACCGGAUUGGAAGCCCCCUCCUGAAGCCACACUGGUGCUGACCAAGGACAACUUUGAUAACACUGUAAAUAACGCAGACAUCAUCCUGGUGGAGUUCUACGCCCCAUGGUGUGGACACUGUAAGCGUCUGGCUCCAGAGUACGAGAAGGCGGCCAAGGAACUGAGCCAGCGCACGCCUCCCAUCCCUCUGGCCAAGGUGGACGCCACAGUGGAAAGCGAGCUCGCCUCACGCUUUGGGGUCACCGGCUAUCCCACUCUGAAGAUCUUCAGGAAGGGCAAGGUGUUUGACUACAAUGGACCCAGAGAAAAAUAUGGCAUUGUUGACUACAUGAGUGAGCAGGCUGGGCCUCCCUCCAAGCAGGUACAGGCAGCAAAACAGAUCCAGGAGCUCAUCAAAGAUGGUGAUGAUGCUGUCAUAGUUGGAGUGUUUUCCAGCGAGCAGGACACAGCCUAUGACAUCUACAUUGAGGCUUGUAACUCGCUAAGGGAGGACUUCACUUUCCGUCACUCCUUCAGUGCCGAAGUGGCCAAACUGCUCAAAGUUUCUCCCGGUCACGUUGUCAUUGUCCAGCCUGAAAAAUUCCGCUCCAAGCACGAGCCAUCGUCUCACACAUUCGCAGUCAAGGACUCGACGGCGGUGUCUGACGUGCAAGAGUUCUUCAAAAAACAUGUAAUUCCUCUUGUGGGACACAGAAAACCAAGCAACGAUGCUAAGCGCUACACAAAAAGACCCCUGGUGGUUGUGUAUUAUGGCGUCGACUUCAGCUUUGACUACAGAAAAGCUACACAGUUCUGGAGGGGCAAGGUGCUCGAUGUAGCCAAAGACUUCCCAGAGUAUACGUUUGCUAUCGCUGAUGAGGAGGAUUAUGCGGAAGAGCUGAAGGGCCUGGGCCUGAGUGAGAGCGGAGAGGAAGUGAAUGUGGGAAUUCUGGCAGAUGGAGGCAAAAAAUAUGCGAUGGAGCCCGAGGAGUUUGACUCGGAAGUGCUGAGAGAUUUUGUCGUGGCUUUUAAGAAAGGAAAGCUUAAACCCAUCAUCAAGUCCCAGCCAGUGCCAAAGAACAACAAAGGACCUGUUAAGGUGGUUGUAGGAAAGACUUUUGACGAUAUCGUCAUGGAUACCCAGAAGGACGUCCUGAUCGAGUUUUACGCCCCCUGGUGUGGCCACUGCAAGAAACUAGAGCCUGAUUAUUUGGCUCUGGGCAAAAAGUACAAGGGUGAGAAAAACCUGGUGAUUGCCAAGAUGGACACCACAGCCAACGACGUACCCAACGACAGCUACAAAGUGGAAGGCUUCCCCACGAUAUAUUUCUCCCCAAGCAACAAGAAGCAGAGCCCCAUCAAAUUCGAAGGUGGAGACAGAACAGUAGAAGGGCUCAGUAAGUUCUUGGAAGAGCACGCCACAAAGCUAUCACAGAAGAGAGACGAACUUUGAAACUUCCUUGGAGAAGUAGCAAAGAACUCUUACCGUGCUUGUGCAGAGUCUCAGAGGACGCUGAUAAAAACCUCUGGGAAGGUGAAGGGAAUGCAGUGGAUAAUUAAACAAAAAAAAAAAUGGUGUUACUGAAUUGCUGCGAUCGUUACGUCUCAAUCAUCCUUUUAGUUUCUGUUCAUUCCGAGAUUCAGGUUUCUUCUGUUUCUGAAAGCAUGUAAGCACUGUUCAAGAAUAAUCGUUUUUAAAUAAAACUGAAAAUGCUGGCACAUUUGCAGGCCAGUGCUGAGAA